AUGGAGGCCUUGACUCUGCGCGCGGUCCGUCUCUCGGCGAGGAGACCACAGCGUCUGCUCGCGCUUCGCACCCCCUCCGCAGGGACUCGAGUGAGGCCGGCUCGAUGGGCCAGUACGUCUGCUCUUGUUCUGGACAAGAGAGAAGGUUCUAAACGGACCCUGGCCACCAAGGCCACGGGUUCUGCCGCCAUUGCCGACCAGCAGUCUGGAAAGGAACGAGUGGUUAUUUUGGGCUCCGGAUGGGGAGGAUAUACGCUAUCUCGCCAUCUAUCACCUACGCAGUACAAGCCACUGGUCAUCUCUCCCCGUUCGUAUUUCGUCUUCACCCCUCUCCUGACGGAAACCGCCGCGGGGAACCUCGACUUCUCGAAUAUUGUGGAGCCGGUGCGUGAUAAGAAGAGCCAGGUCGACUUCAUCCAGGCUGCAGCACGAUCGGUGGAUUUCAAACGGAAAGUGGUGGUCUGUGAAGCGAGUGUGAUUCGGAGCGGAGUGACUGAAUCGCCCCGAACCGAUGAGCACGAACGCCCCUUCGACGAGGGACCGGAAACGAAGAAAGGAUAUGAGCAGCUACGGAAAUGGGAGGAGGGCCAGAUAUUCGAGGUUCCUUAUGACAAGCUCGUCAUCUCGGUCGGCUGUGUCAGCAAGACAUUCAGGACUCCUGGAGUGAGGGAGAAUGCGAUGUUCUUCAAGGACAUUGGAGAUUCGAAACGGGUCAAGCGACGAGUUCGGGAAUGUUUCGAGCUGGCAGUGCUGCCAACAACGACACCUGAGAUGCGUGAAUACCUCCUCCACUUCGCAAUCGUCGGAGCUGGCCCCACGGGCACUGAACUGUCGGCUGCACUGCGCGACUUCAUUUCCACUGAGAUGAUGACACUCUACCCGAGUUUGAAGGGUAUCCCCAAGCUUACGCUGUACGAUGUGGCUCCCAAGGUUCUCAGCAUGUUCGACGAGUCGCUUUCCAGAUAUGCGAUGGAGACUAUGACCAAGGACGGAAUUGAGAUCAAGACGUCGCACCAUGUCGAGAGCCUCCGUUGGGGUCCCCCGGGCAAACCAGGCCCUCACGAAAUGGACCCGAAGUACUGCCUAACCAUUAAGACGAAGGAAGAAGGUGAAGUGGGUAUUGGAAUGUGUGUUUGGGUGACCGGUAAUGCGAUGAACAAGUUUGUUGGCCGUUCCCUGACGGACGUCAACGAGUUCCCGUCCUCGUCGGUGGUCCUGAAAGGAAGUGAGAUCACGCCGGAAGUUGAAAGUGCUAAGUGGCACGUCAAGAAGGUCCCUCGUAUUGGAGCUCUGCUCGUCGACGGCCGCUUCCGUGUCCAGCUGGAGAGUGAGGAUGGCAAGACUGCGGUGCUGCAAGAUGUCUUUGCCAUCGGUGACAAUGCCAUGCCGGAGACUGGAGCGCCUCCAGCUACGGCCCAGGCUACCAACCAAGAGGCUAGAUGGCUCGCGGCCAGGUUGAACAAGGGCGACCUUGAGCAGUCCCCCCCAUUCUCUUUCCGCAAUCUGGGAACCCUGGCUUAUAUUGGAAAUGCGAAGGCCCUGAUGCAGAUUCCUCACGAGCAGGUAGAUGGGAACCGCAAGAACUCGCUACUGCCACACGGAUUGAAGGGGCGAACGGCGUGGCUGGUCUGGAAGUUCGCCUAUCUGAGUAUGACUGUCAGUUGGCGUAACAAGACUCGCAUCGCCUUUAGAUGGGUGGUCAACCGUCUCUUUGGAAGAGACGUCUCACGUUUCUGA